AUGUGUUUGCAAAGUUCAGAAUCUCGACCGGUACAGCAAGAGAUAGUUGAUGAUGUCGUAGACCACAAGGCGUUGAUGCAGGAAGCCCUCGAGGAAGCCAAGAAAUCACCACCAAAGCCCUCCAACUUCUGUGUCGGCGCUCUACUAGUGGACCUGGAGACAGGCGAAGUACUGUCACGUGGCUAUACGUUGGAAGUCGAGGGUAACACUCACGCUGAACAAUGCUGCCUCAUCAAGCUCGCGCAAGCGCACGAUCUGCCCGAAGAGCGUGUUGGCGAGGCAUUACCGCCCAACACCGCUAUCUACACUACCAUGGAGCCUUGCAAUAUGAGACUCAGCGGGAGCUUGCCUUGCGUCGAUAGGAUAAUCAGGACCAAGAAUAAGGAUGGUGCGGCAGCGAUCACGAAAGUGUAUCUGGGUGUCCAAGAGCCGGAGAAGUUUGUCGGCGAGAACAAAGGUCGAGCUAAGCUUGAAGAGCACGGGAUUGAAUGCAUUCAUGUGCCUGGACUUGAAGAAGGAAUUCUGCAGGUUGCGACAGCUGGGCAUCAGAAAUGA